AUGUCAAAACCGGUUAAGAAUUCGCAUCACGACAAUACUCGUGACAUAUGGCGUCCGAAUAUGGGGGAGGCUGAGAGGGGAAGAGGUCGCCCGCGGUCCCAAUCAAGAGAGAGAAGACGCUCACCCCCUCCUGGCCCUAUGAAGAGAAGACAAGGCGGAGAUCGUGAUUUUAGGAGCCCGGAUAGGGGGUCGAGGCCAUUUGAUAAACCACCUCCAUCAUCCCGACGACGCUCUCGGGAGAGGAGUAGAAGCGGUGAUCGUAGACGUUCACCUCGCUACGGAUCAAUAUCACCCAGACGCCCUCCUCGUAUCGAGAAGACUAGCGGCCGACAUGCUGGCGGCGGUGCUUCGGAGUCACGAAAUUCUAAUCGCCACAAACGGCACCGACCCUCUGGGUCCCCUAUUAAACGCAGACGUUCUAGAUCCCCCGGUCAUUCUACUAAUAGACACUCAUCGAAAAAGACACGGAGGCCGAGGUCCCCUUCAAGAUCUCGAUCGGUAGCCAGGCGUGGUAAAAGGGAUGCUUCGGCUUCGCCAAGGCUAUUAUAUUCACCACAACACAGGAAGCAUAAGCCUCCGAGUCGAAGUCAUGACAAUCGGGAUAGGUCUAUGUCAAGUUCUCCGAGACGCUCACCUCGCGACUUUCGAUUCAGGUCUCCUAUCCGUAGACCAGUGCGAGGCUCAUCGCCGCCAUCAUCCAGGCGUCAUUCACCACCUCCUCCAUCAAGGGGACGCUCGGUAUCCCCUAUGCCACCACCACCGCCACCGAGGGGGCGGCGUGGUUUCCGACGAAAUUCCCGAUCACCACCAACUGGCCGUGGCCGGCGACAAUUUUCUUCUCAACGAUCUCCCCAAUAUCACCCUAAUAGAUCACCUAGGUUUCGCUCACCACCUCAUCCGCAGUCACCUCCGGAAAAAAAACGAUCAGCAAGCCCGCCGCCCACUCUGGAUCAGAACCCUCGGCCAAAAGCACCUUACCCUAACAGCCCUCACCCUGGCGAGUUGGAUGAACACUUUCCAGCGGUGGAUUCCAAUCUGUACGACCAAUCAUCGGUACCCAACAAUAACUCCCGGUGCGGAACCGUUUCAGCGCAAGAUAAGUCGGGCCCCAACUCAUUCAAUAGCCAAGAUCCUGCUGAGGGUUCUUUCAAGACUCUCACUCCAGAGCACAAUGCCCAGCAACCGGCUCCCCCGACAGCAUCACACAUACAUGAUGGUCCAUACGUAAACCCGGAUCGCCAGAAAAAUAUUCUUGCAGAUGAUACUCCCGGCUUUGGGAGGGGUCGGAGGUUUUCAAGAGAACAUCCAACAGGGUAUGUCACCUUUGAUCUUUAAUAAUUUUAAUUCACACAAUACUAAAUGAAUCGAAGCCCCUCGCGAGGUAGUUAUCAUUAUCAGGAUGGUCCUCCACAUGGCGGUCGACGUGGGUCGCAACAUUCUGAUUACCAUGCUCCCUUUUCUGGCCGUAGCACUCGUCAGGGUCAGUUUUCACCAGAGAGACGUCAGUCAUUUGAAGAGCGUAGGCCGGGCCGUCGCUUUGGGGGAAGAGGUCAUAGAGGACGGGGGCGUGGUGGGGGGGGUGGAGGAGUUCACUAUGAUGAUGGAGGAAUGGGAAGAGGGAGAAAUCGAUUCGAUCUACAUGAACAACCGCCAACACACCCUCGCCAAAGCCGUCCUGCCACGCCUGAGGAUUCUCGCCGCCCUAGCUCUAAGUCUAAGGAUGGGUCACAAGAAGGCCAUCACGAGAAGGAGAGUGAUGACGGUAGUAUGCCAAAUCCUAGGAAUGAUUCGGUAGCCCAUGAACCGGGCUCGCAAGUUGAUCACGAGAUGCCUCCGCCCUCCUGGCCCGCUUCCAAGAACAGCCCGGAACCUCCUCUUCAGGAUUCCCGUCUUUUCAAACGCAUACCCGGUGACCCGAACACAAAUCGUGGGCCCGUGUCGGGCGGAUCUGCUCCAACUGGCGAGAACAAGGGCGGAAGCAAUUUUCGACCCUUCGCCCUUGGGCUUUCCAAGAAUAAAAAAUCAUUGCCGAAGGCCCUCGAUGCCUCGCGGGAACCACCUUCAAGAGGACAGCCCAGGGGAUCUGGCGUCAAUAACAUUCCCUUGGGAAAGAGCGUUGAAGCGCUCACAAAGCCCGUAAAACGAGAGGCACAAUUACCGCCAAUGGCACCAACAAAUAAUUACCAGGAGAAAGAAAAAGUACCUCAAGUUCCGGAGACCCCCAUGGUUCAUCCAAUCGCUCGUCCACAGCCUCCUCAUGCCAAAGAGUCAAUUUACACCCGGUUGAGUAUGGUUGGGGAAGGCACUUAUGGGUGAGAACCUUUCGGUUAUCUUAUUAGUUUCCAUUACUAACCUGAUUGGCUCUCUCUCUAUAGUAAGGUGUACAAGGCGUCCAACAGUGUUACAAAGGAAUUGGUUGCUCUCAAGCGUAUUCGUAUGGAGAGUGAGAGAGAUGGCGUAUGUUUUACGGGCCCGAGCCUCCUUCGCACUGAACAGGGCUAACCUGUCGAUUCUAGUUCCCUAUCACGGCGGUGCGAGAGAUGAAGCUUUUGCAAGCGCUAAAGCAGGACAAUGUGGUCUCCCUGCUGGAAAUGAUGGUUGAAAAAAGUAGGUCUUGACUCAGUUCCAAAUGUUACCAUCUAUUAAACUGGUGUUAAUACAGGCGACUUUUACAUGGUGUUCGAAUAUAUGGAUCAUGACCUCACCGGAAUUCUCAAUCAUCCGACAUUCAGACUCGAGCCUUGCCAUAUCAAGCAUCUUGCGAAACAGUUCUUUGAGGGUUUAGAAUACCUCCAUCAUCGCGGUGUUCUUCAUCGUGAUAUCAAGGGUUCCAAUAUUUUGCUCAACAACGAUGGACAAUUAAAAAUUGCCGACUUUGGACUUGCUCGAUUUUAUACGAAAGCCAGUAAGAAACAAUUAGAUUAUACCAACCGCAUCAUCACUCUUUGGUAUCGUCCCCCCGAGAUCCUUCUUGGGGCCACCGCCUAUGGUCCCGCAGUUGAUAUAUGGAGCGCUGCCUGCGUAUUUGUUGAGCUUUUCACAAGGCAGCCGAUUUUCACAGGAAAAACUGAGAUCGACCAGCUGGAUACCAUCUACAAUGUCAUGGGUACUCCCAGCGUGAAAAUCUGGCCCGGUCUGAAAGAGAUGCCAUGGUAUGGAUUACUGAAAACGCCUGCACGGCGCCGACCCAAGUUCCAGGAAAGAUAUUCAAGGUAUGUGCCAUGUCUGCAGAUGUGAUCCGGCUGUGGCUGACAAUUUCAUAAGCCUUUUGCCAGCUACCACUAUGGAGCUAGCGACCCAAAUGCUACAAUAUGAUCCUGACAAACGGCCUUCGGCUGAAGAGAUUCUGAAACAUCAGUACUUUUUGGAAGAACCGGCUCCCGCACCUCCGCUUGGGUGAGUUGCCCGUCUUUUCCUUCACGCGCCCCUCACUAAUAACACGUGUAUAGUUUGCGUGACCUUAAGGGAGAUUGGCAUGAGUACGAAUCCAAGAUUGAGCGCCGGAGAGAACGUGAGAUUAACGAAAAGAAGAAGCGAGCUCUGCAAGAAGUGGACCGCAAGAAAUGGAAGGAAGCCCAAGCCGAGAAGAAGAGGCUAGCGCAACAGGAGUACAAUCCUGAACGGCCUGUAUCGGCCACAGCCUCUAAGCGAAAGCGCGAAGAUGGUGACAUUGAACCACCCGGGUCUUCUGGUUCGGUCAAGAAACGGGAGGUCGGCUCUUGAAAUCUAUCGGUGGUGUUUGUUAACGCAAGAUGUUUGGGUUUGUACUUUUUUUUUCUUUUUUUUCUUCCCCUAUCCAUCUCUUCGGCCCUUCUGUCUUUCCAUCUUCCGUCGCUUCCUAAACAUGAACGGAGCAAAAACUGGGACGUGGAAAAAAAUUUGGCGUUUAGGGAUGUUGUUUUUAUCCUCGGUGAUACAACCCAUCACCCCCCUCCCCUUUUCUCUCCCCAUUUGGCAAAAUUACUUUGCAAUUAAGUGUGUAUAUAAAUUGUCUUACUGUAUUUUCGGUAUUGCUGUAAUGUCCCUCCCCGCCCUUUUUUCUUCCCUCCCUAUCUUUUUUUCCUGAUUCUCCUGUUCAUAAUUCUUCCUUCUCUUCUUUAACUUCAAUGUGGUUUUUAUUAUGUAUGGCACAAACAUAGCGGUGCAAUUGCAUGGAAGCUAGUAAAUGGAGUCUUUGGGUUCAUAUUAGUAUAUGGUAAGCAAUGUACUAUACCUCAAUAACGACCAGUUAUGCGGAAAGGAUAGCGAUCCUACACGAGUACCAGCUAUUAACAUAAUUUUCUUUGCCUUGGACCGCAUGCAUAACGCCAGCCGCACCAACAGGAAUAUCUAUCCUCAAUCUAUCCGUGUGAGGCAAAGGGGGCCAGGGGAGGGGCAGAGAGAGAACCAGAGCACCUCAAAUGAGUAUCCCAUGAUACUCCGCCCUGCGGUACUUCUCCGCAAGCCCAGGCCACUG